GCCUUCAGUCUUCCACUCAGCUCUCGCGGGCCAAGCGUGGUCAAAAACUAAACUAAAACCCUAAUCAGCCAAAACUCUCUCAAAACCUCUGCAAAAUUACACUCUCUCACUCUCUCACUCUCUCUGAAGCUCCAAUCAUGUAUGGAGGAGAUGAAGUAUCGGCCAUAGUUAUCGACUUGGGCUCUCACACCUGUAAAGCUGGUUACGCCGGUGAAGAUGCUCCCAAGGCCGUCUUUCCUUCUGUUGUUGGGUCAAUUGAUCAAAUGGAUGUUGAUGACUCUGGAAAUGCUGAGAGAAAUAGUGGGUCCGGUGUGGAUUCUAAGAACAAUGUUGAUUCGAACAAAGGGAAAGGAAAACGCAAAUUGUAUGUAGGAACACAAUCCUUAGGGUAUCGCCGUGACCAUAUGGAGGUUCUAUCACCCUUUAAGGAUGGAAUUGUUGCUGACUGGGAUAUUGUGGAUAGUAUAUGGGAUCAUGCUCUUAGGGAAUGUUUGUUAGUUGAUCCCAAAGAGCAUCCAAUGCUACUUGCUGAACCAUCUUCAAACACUCAACAACAGAGGGAAAGGGCAGCUGAGCUUAUGUUUGAAAAGUACAAAGUUCCAGCCUUAUUCUUGGCCAAAAAUGCUGUUCUCACUUCUUUUGCAUUAGGGCGUGCUACCUCACUAGUUGUUGAUUGUGGUGGAGGAUCAACUACAGUGGCCCCAGUACAUGAUGGUUAUGUUCUUCAAAAGGCAGUUGUGACAUCUCCUAUAGGAGGGGAAUUUUUAACUAAUUGCUUGAUGAAAAGCUUGGAGAGCAAAGGAAUUACAAUAAGACCUAGAUACUCUUUCAAGCGAAAAGAGAAUCGUCCUGGUGAAUUUCAGAUAGUAGAUCUUGAUUUUCCAAAUACCACCGAAAGCUACAAACUCUUCUCUCAGAGGUUGAUUGCAAGUGAUAUCAAGGAAUGUGUAUCUCGAGCUCCAGAUACUCCAUAUGAUGAAAGUGCAUAUUCAAACAUUCCAAUGACCCCGUACGAGCUUCCUGAUGGCCAAACAAUCGAAAUUGGAGCUGAUAGAUUUAAGAUUCCUGAUGUUCUGUUCAAUCCAUCCUUAGUUCAGACAAUUCCUGGUAUGGAGAAUUAUGUAGACAUUGCCUCUUCUUGCCGUGGUUUGCCACAAAUGGUUAUAGAGAGCAUUAACAGAUGUGAUGUGGAUAUUCGAAGAGAAUUGUUUAGCAGUAUACUGCUUGCUGGUGGGACAGCAUCAAUGCAACAAUUGAAGGAACGUCUUGAGAAAGACUUGCUAGAGGAGUCUCCUCAAGCUGCUAGGGUCAAAGUAGUAGCCAGUGGAAAUGCAACAGAAAGGAGAUUCAGCGUUUGGAUAGGAGGGAGUAUAUUAGCAUCCCUUGGUUCAUUCCAGCAAAUGUGGUUUUCUAAAUCCGAGUACGAGGAGCAUGGAGCUUCAUAUAUACAAAGGAAAUGCCCGUAAGAUGCUAUCCUGCAGAGUAAAUGCAAAGACCAGAGAUAGUGUUCUUGCCAUGUUAUAAGUGAUUUUGGGAGACCUGUAAUUCUGAAAAACUCCCUUUAGAUUUCAAAGCACAUUCAGCUGACGUUUCUUCGUUUUACUUGACUCCCUGCUCCUUUAGGUGUGUACCUGUGCCAACCCUUGCUCCGUAGCUUUUAGGCCGCUGUCUACACAGAUAAAAAAGCGUUAACUUAAGGUGUACCAUUAUUAUGUGGAAAACUAUUUGACCCUCUAGGCUGUAGCAUAUGUUUAUUAAGCUUAUUGUCCGUUACACAUUUCUUUUAGUUAGGUUUUUUAAGUGAUUGAUAGCUUGUUAUACCUUUAUUGCACUCGAAUUCUUCUGCUUCGAGAUGCUUUUUAAUUCUUCACUAUUUGGCUUAGUUUGGGAUUGUUUUA